AUGAUGGAGCCUCGGCGAAGGCACGGAGAGGUUUCCUGCUGGAAGAAAAAAAAAAUCACCGUCGUCGUUGACGAUGCCCGUACCGCUGCUUGGAGAGAGCGAUGGCACAACUCUCAGGUGAUCAUGAGUAAUCCAGUUCUGGAUCAAGCUUUCGAGAAGCACGCGCAGGACUACCUUUGUUCAGAGUCCUACGACUUCAUCCAGGAGGUGGGAUGCUACGUCGCAUUGGCCGAACAAAAUCCCGCUGAGGAUCGUUUUGCGCACUUUACCAAUAUCGUCAACGUGUACAUCUCGGCGGGAUCGAAGCUCGAGAUCAACAUCGGAACAGCAAUGCGAACCGGGGUCCUUGAGAGAAAAGCGAGAGAUAAUAGCACGCUGUUUCAUGACAUGUGUACCUCCCCGAAUCGCUCCUGGUUCGCAAAGAUUGGAGACAGAGUGAGGUUUCUGGAAGCUACGUUUGAGAGGCAGCGAGACGUGUUCAACCCUCCGAGGAUGGAGAUCAGCAAGAUGAUAGACGAAAACCUGGUACACUCGUUCUGGACAAGACAGCUAUUCCUUGACGCCUGCAAGAAAUGGGAGGAGCAGCAAGGCGCAGGGGCUGGAGUACUUGCCGACGAGGAAAAUCCAUUCACGGGAGCAUAGAAGGAAGCCGCUACGUUUAUGCAAGCGGCGAAGAAUGUGACAGAAAACGAUCUGUUUUAGGCCUGUCCUCCAUCGGCCGUUUUGCUUGUAUGACGGAGAAUAAGAAGGUGGAAUUACUUGAAAUUAGUAUAGAAAUAAAGUUUGUGUAUCUAAAUCGAAAAUAAAACGGCCGAUGGAGGACAGGCCUAGAUCUGUUGGAUCAGUGGCAUAGAAAAGAGUAAAGUGAAGUGCGAUAUACGACAAAGAGUGGGAGCCUUGGCAUGGCUCUGUAGUUCGAUCAUAAUAUUCGGGCAAGAGUCUCCUCCCUGUGUAUGUGUUUACGAGGGAAAAUGUUGGCUCGGUUUCAACCGGCGGUUGAAAGCUUUUUGGUGUUGGCGGCGAUAGAGACAGCAAUAUCGGGACGGGCGGUAUGCGGUUGCUGGCAUGAGCUGGUUGCAUGCCACAGGACUCCACGAAAGAGUUGAGAAAAAAAUCGGCGAUGUGCAUGCCCUACAUAUAUCGCCAAGUCAACCAGCAAAAAUAUCGGGGAGAAACCACCGUUAUGCUGUGUACUUGUGUGGAAUCCCUCUGGAAUAGGUGCACAUGUGUGGCGGUAUCGGACAACUGGAGGUCCGACCCUGCUGAUUAAUAUUCAAAGCGUUAGUCCAAUUUUGUAUAUUUCGUCAAAUAUUCGAAGGAACAAUGUCCCGUGAACGACUUAAUUUCAAACUUAAUUUGUUGGGGCGGGUGCCCGUGGUCAAUGCAAUCACAACUAAAAAUAUCCGAGGUCAAUCGAAGCACCUCGUGGCGCAGAACCUCUACUUUUCUCAAUUACGCCGCAAAAGUACCCGAACCGGAACAUUUUUCCGAACCAUUUUUCAUCUCUCUCCUGCCUCCUCUCCUGUGUACGCGAGUACGCGAACACACGUUGAUGAAACACCGCGCCCGAAGCAUUGGAGCCAAUAGCAGACAACACGAGCCACAGACAGCUUCCCUUGAAGCCUUUGGGGAGAAGGAAGGUGCCCACGAGAGACGCGAGAGAUGCCCGCCCACUGGACUGUAGUAGAGUCGACCAAUCAGAAAUCGUACAUCGUAUCGUACACUUUUUUUUGUCACGAUUGGUAGCCAAUCACGUUUCGUACACGUAUCGUACAGAGUCGUGCCAUAGUAUUUUCAAGUGUUUUAGCACGAUUGGGGAUGAUUGAAUAUUUCCGGGUAACGUUAGCCGGCUUUAUACAGUAGGUAUUGCCCGAACUACGAUCAAAGUGGUGGACAAGUACCAUUGGCCAUCGCUGAAGAAAGAUGUACGAGACUACGUGUUGUCAUGCCGAUGCCAUAUGAGGAAACAUUNCAAACAGUUUCACAUGCAGCCAGCGCGUUUCCUACGUCCAUGGGAGGUCUUGGAAAUGGAUAUAUAAGAUGUGAAGGUGACGUCGAACAAGGGCAACCGGUACUUGUUGGUAAUCGUCGAUCGAGCUACUAAAUUCCUCUUCGCUUCUCCGCUACCCAGAAAGGAGACCUUGGGUGUCAUCAGGAACUCAUCCUCACUUUUGGUCUACCGCUAUCAGUACGUUGUGAUCCAGGGACAAAGAACAAUUCAGCUAUCAUGGACCCCACCUGUGCCGUUGGCUGAAUAUAUCUCUGGAUUUUGGACCAACCAACCAUCCUCGAGGACAGGGUACAGCAGUCGAGAGGAUGGGUGCGGUAUUACAAGAAAUGUUGUCGGAGCUCUGUCAGGCAUGGUCAACCAGGUGGGACGAGUAUGUGGCAGUGGUCACUUGGGCCCAUCGUGCAACACCAGACGAGAGUCUUCCUAACAAUGAGACGGCCUAGACUAUGCAUACCAGCUGCUUUUUGGACGGGCUCCACGGACAUCGUUUGAACACCUGUUGUUACCAUCGUUGGACAACACGGGGCCGGCAUUGCCGUUGGAACGGACGGUGGAGGAGACACGACGGAAGACGGUAAAGUGGCACAAGCGCUACGGGCGAGACACACCGAUCGGAAUAGACAUCGUGAUUUCCAGAACGCGGAAGAUCAAGCGCACCUCCCCAGGCGCGAAGGCUGAGGUGGGCGACAAGGUAUUGGUCAAGGAAAGCACCGGUACUCUCUAUCGGGAUGGCGUCCACCCUAAGCUCGCCCAUGACCACUUUACAGGCCAGUGGCAAGUGGUGAAUGUAGUAAGGGAGGGACUAAGCUUCACAGGGAGACUCCAUGGACGUCAGAUUCGCCACGGAACGGUAGCCGCCACGGACUUCAAGCCAUUUUACGCUCGCCCAUCAGACAUCCGCCAUCCAUUCGAAGACGAAUUUGGCCAGUUUGUAUGGUCACCGGACCUCGGGCUAGUGG